AUGCUCACCUCAGACCCGAUCGCACUUCGCUCGACGAGAGACCUGUCAGUCGCAGCUAAGGACAAGAAGAAGCGACCACGGCGUGGCCGGAAAGCCACGAGUAUGCCCAACGUCGAAGCAAAGCCAAAGAAAGCAUUGCUCCUCGACGAACUGGGUGAUAUACUGGUAGAGCAGCUCUACGCCCAUCCUAAGCUGGUGGAGCCUCUCAAUGCCCCCGUCGCUGAGGUCGAUCACUUACGCAGCACUCUCGCUGCAAUCAUCACGGCCUCAUCAUGUGCCAGCUCAGGCAGCAGCAGCAGUCGUACGCUGACCGUAUUCAAUGGCACACCACCCACCAGCUUGGACAGCCGCACCCCCCAGGAGUCCCCGGCCUCAAAGAGCAUAACCCCAGCACCCCCCACAGGCGAGAAUCUUCGCAGCAAGACCAAGCGCCGACGACAUGCAGAUGUCUUCAGUCUGGACGACUUCUCCACGAUGACCACCAUCGAACACCUGGCGGCGCAGUACGGUCGAGUGGCGCAUAUGGGCAUCCUCGACCGCAGCUAUCGCUUCUUUGUUAACCAGGCGCGGACCGCUGCUCUGUCCUUUAAAGUGCAAAAUCGUGUGGCAAUCGUGGGCGGCGAUCCGCUGUGUGAUACUGAUGCUAUUCCAGAUCUUCUGGUAGAGUUCGCAGUGUACCGUCGACGGCAUCGUUGGGGUAUCGCAUUCAUGGGCGCCAGCGAGUCCUUCGCUCGAGGUUACGCCCAGUUACAGGGCUGGACAACCAUCCGCUUCGGCACCGAGCGUGUACUGAAUCCACAAACGAACGACGUUUUACUCGAACGUGGCGGGAAGCGGAUCACAGUGCAAAACCGACAGUUGCUGCAUCGGCACAAGGGCGGGAUCACACUGAGAGUAUACUCACCCGCGACGCACGGCACCGACACCGAGCUUCAAAGCGCUCUAGUCGCCAUCUACGACGCCUGGCGCGCCGAGCGCAACCGCUCCGCUACCCCGCAGGCUUUCAUCACGGUGUACGAACUGUUCGCACUACCCAGCCUUAUGACUUUCGUGUAUACCCGGGGCCCUGACGGCCAAGUCAAUGGAUUCGCCGCUCUCCGCCGGUUGGCCGCUGGUGGCUAUCACAUCGAUCCGUGCAUCGCCGCGCCUGAUAGCCCCAAGGGUAUCAGCGACUUGCUCCUCAUCGCCACCAUGGCUCUGCUCCACCGCACCGGUGUCUCGUAUCUAGGUUUCGGCUUCGAGCCCCUGCACGCUCUCGAUCCAGGCGAGAUCACCGGUUUGCCUCGUCCAUUUAUUCACCUCGCCCGCGAACUGUACGGUCAUGCGUUUCAUCGCCUUCCAAUCCACGGCAAGAAGGCCUACCACGAUAGAUUCCACCCUGAUCCACCCCAGGACUCGGGUCUCUACCUUGUCUUCCCUCGAGGCGUCCCCGGCCCGUUUCAUUUGCUCGCCAUGGCUCAUAUGGCCAACAUCAGUCUGCGCAAGAUCAUGUGGGCCGACGUCCGCGGCUUGGUUUUGAAAGAUGCCCGCAAGUCUUCGCAGAAGCCUGUAACCGCUGCAAGUGAUGCUGUUAUUACUGGGGAGGCUUGA